AUGGAGAGUCCAACUGAGCAUCUCAUGCUCGCUGCCAAGAGAAUUCUAAAGAUAUGUUCAAGGGACAUGAGAGCUUGGAAUUCGAAGAGGAAGACGGGAACGUUCACGUUGCCUGACCUUCCUCAAUUCUGCUCGAGUGAAAGAUACAAGAUGAGUAUUAUGGGCAGAACUCUUAAUCCGGAAUGUCAAAAUAUGACAGACCUGAUACUCGACAUGCCAAGGAAGUGGCAAGUCUAUGACCGUGUAAGAGGAGUGGCGCUGUCGAAGGAGAGGUUCCAGUUUAUUUUCAAGUAUGAACACAACUUGGGAGAGGUGCUGAAGAAAAGAGUCUGGACUUUCAAUGAGUGGUUGGUAGUGAUCGGCCGAUGGGUUGAAAAUCCAACGGAGGACUAUCUGCAAUUCAUGACAGUGUGGAUCCAGAUCUGUAACAUCCCAGGUAACUACUACACUGAAGCCUCGAUUUAUGCGCUUGGAGAUAUCAUAGGAAAGGUGAUCGAGAUAGCUUUUGAUCCAGAAAAGCCACAGAGCAAGGAUUACGUGCGUGUCAAGGUUAAUUUCGAUGUGUCUAGAAUGGUCAGACACUCAAAGGUUGUAAAUCUGCUGAAAGGAGGAUCAACAACCGUCUGGUAUGACUUUGAGAGGAUUCCAUAG